AUGCGUUCGUCGCAUGGUCCAUUGAAAUUAUUUGUUGGUGAUAUAGGUGAUAAUCGUAAAUCAGAUUUAAAUCGUUUAUUUAGUAAAUAUGGUGAAAUAUCAACGAUAUACAUUGAUGAAAAUAAACAUUUUGCGUUUGUUGAAUUUACAUCAUCAAGUGAUGCACAACGUGCGUUAGAACAUAUACAUAAUAGAACUGUAAACGGUUCGAAACUUCGUGUUGAAUAUGCUAAAUCAGAUAAACCAUCACGUGAUAGUCGACGUCCAUCGUCUCGUGAUCAUUCGCCCACGUCGACUUUAUACAGUCAUUUACAGGUAACAGCAAAUCGUUUGCCACCGAUGCAAGUAUUUCGUCAAAGUUAUUAUCAACAUUAUCCAUAUUCAAUGCCACUAACUAAUUCUUCGAUGGCAUCUCGUGGUCGAUCUUUAACACCGCCAUCAUUGAAACAAAAUUCUCGUUUAUCAUCGAUGCACCAAUUACAAUCACAAGAUUUCUAUUAUCACCAUCAAGCUAUGUACAGUGAUCCAGCUUAUUAUCGAGCGUAUGCUGAUCCAUAUUUAAUGCAACGACUACAACCUCCACCUACUUACCUUCCUACAACGCCACGACCAUCCUCGUCGUCAUCAUCAUCUCGGUCCUAUCGAAAUAUGUAUUCAUCAUCUGGUAUUAAUCGUUACACAUCAAAUACACCUGCAGUAACACGUCAUCGACGAAGUCGUAGUCGUCACAGAGUUUCAUCAUCGCAUCGAGAUCGAUCUAGUCGUGAACGAAAACAUAAACGACAAACAACGUCUCCAUCAUUAUCUGAACAAAAACGUCAGCGAGGACCACGAACACCACCACCAAAAUCAUCGACACAUUGUUCUAGGAAGAGAUCUCAGUCCAGUUCCAAUGCAGUUUCUUCAGCAUCUGAUCAAAAAUCAUCGUCAGAUUCUUCAUCAGAUGACGAAGAAAAAGAAUCUAGUUCGAAAAAAUCGUUAAACGAUGAAUCAGAUCGAAAAACUUCAAAAAGAAAAACACGAGAAUGA